AUGGUUACUGUCUGUCGAGGUCGAAUGCUUAUUGCAAUUGCAAUGGGUUCCAUCGCAACGGUGUUGUGGAAUUUAUCAGUACCCAUUGGUUCGUCGGUUAUGGGUAUGGAUCCUGCGGAUAGAUUGCUACAAAAUACAAACUCAGUGGAUAAUCAAGUGAUAAGUUCCGAAUCGUUAUUUCGACACCUAAUAUCAAUCAAAACGAUGUUGGACGGUAUGAAUAGUAUCUUGGGUUAUACCGAGAAUUCUAGUGACCUGCAGAUACUCGAAGGUAUGGGUACUUCGUAUGGGAGUUUGGAACCUAGGAAGGAGGAGAGAGCAUUGUACAAACUGCUACAUGAUACUCGAAUCACAGCGGAAUCUAUACAAAAGUCAGUAGAUGCUGUAAAAAGUAUGAUGACAAUGCUGAUAGCUAACGAUGCUCGGGAUAACUCUGACACAAAGCAAUACCCCGACGAAAUUAUAAAGGAAAUGUUUGAAGAAUUGAUGAAUGUGACGCUUCCCGCUUCCAUGAACAAAAUCGUGUCGAUGCGUGACAAUGAUUACAAAAUACAGUUGUUGAGAGUAACCGAGAUAUCCCAGCUGCAUUCGAUACAAACGACUAAUCUAUUGGACGCCUUAACCAACGAUUAUGGAAAGGAGUUCGUAUCCGGGGACCUGUUAUCCACUUUGCCUGAAUUGCGAAAGGCCCUACUGGAUAUAAAAUAUAGUUUAAGAGAUGCUAAAGCAUGGUUACGAAUACAAGAAAGAGAAUUACGAAAUCUAUCAGAUAGCAUAUGUCCUCUAGAUCCAAUUUAUCAUGUUAGAUCAUAUGGUAACGUGUUAUGUUGGUCAAAACAUCAUCUCGCUUCAAUUUUGUCGUUAUAUAGAGUGCAUCGUGAACUUGAUAAUUACAAGAGUUUCCUACGUCACGCUUCUGGCAUAACUGAAUCGAUAUCUAGAGGCUUGGACGUAGCAGAGCUAGAACCAAGAAUCCUAAAGGUAUACAGAAUCGGUACCCUGGUCAUACAACACAUUAUGAGCAACCAUAUCUGGACUGAUAGGAAAAGGCAGACAGUGGAAUUACAAAUAUCACGAAUGAAGAUUCCAGUACUGGAAUUUAUAGAUCAUCUAAAAAACGAUAUCUACGAUGUAAAUGGCGACUGGUUAGUUAACCAAAAAGUUGAUUUUUAUAGACCGAUAUUGGCUAAGUCCAAAUAUAGGCUUUUUUAUAAUCACCUGGACGACGCAAAACACCUUUUGUGUGAAAUGUUCGGUCGCUUGAGAGAAGAAACAAGAAGAGAUAAUGCUGCAUCGCUGGCAUACGAUGAUCCUUUGAGAGAACAUACGGAGGCAUUUGAGGCAUUGCUUGCUUCUGUUCGUUCCAUAAAUGGCCAAUGUUGGACCCGUGAAAAUUCCGUUCAUCAAUACUCGAUACAACUGCUCGAUCUACAGGAGGGUGCGGGCGAACUGGCGCGAAUAAGAAUGGAUUCAUACAACAAAGAGUUGAAACGAGAAUUGAAGAGACACGAUGCACCCUAUACCGCAUUGUUGGAGAUUAUAUUGGAUAUGAAUAAACAGCUAUAUAUAAUGGGAAUAAAUCCUCCACUGGUUGAGUCCAAUUUGACAAUAGCAAUCAUGAAAUAUGUAAUAGUUAAUAUGUCGUUUAUUGCUGCCCGAUCUUUGGAUGAGUCUCUGUCCGGUUACCUCGAUGUUGUCAAGGCUGUCGAAAGUGUUACGAUACGUUUAUCAGCCGAUCGAUUGUCGUCUCCUUCGUUCCUUAGAUCGAGAUGUUUGCGUCAAAUUGACGCUGAAUACGGACAUGUGUUGAGUCGUUGGAAUGAUCUGAAAACGAUAUGUGACACUUUUGAAAUUACUGAGGCGGGCAGAACUCAUUUACAUCGAUUUCACGAACGUAUUGUGAACUUUACCGGAUCAUUUGAUUCGCCAGUAUGGACCAGGACUAUCAAGGACUUCCUCGCUACAAAAGCUCAAAUGCACAGAAUGAUGAUGCUAGCUCUAUCCUUGCCACGCAUGGCCCGCAUGGUAGAGGAAUUGGAGAACGCUGUUAAUACUAUCGGAGACAGGCUUCCAGAGCUUGUUGAACGUAUACAGAACUGCCAAACGCUUUCGAGGCAUAUUGCAGAUGUCGAAGAUGAGUAA